AUGACGAAGAGAGACGAAGUCAAUCAAGAAGAGGCAAAUGAGGACACUCAAAGCAAACGUUCCGAUGAUGGCAUAUUGGAGGACCUUUGGGAAGUUGGCACCGAGGACGCCACUCCUCCUUCAGAGAAUGACAAAGGCAAAACACACGAAGAAUCUCGAAAGGAACAAGGCGAAGACGGACAGAAUAAGGAGUGUAACGACGAUGGACAAGAUUCAGAGACGGAAAGGAUUCGUAACCAGCAAAGACGUCGAAGGAAAAUAACGGAGCGAAUGGAGAAAAUACUGAGGAAAAUCAGCGAUAGAAGACUUCCCCCAAAGCGCAUUUUCACCAUGAGGAAUCAAAUGAGGAAAGGAGAAAAAUUUCUGAAAUGCUCCUUCUGCAACGUGAAAGGACUUCAUUAUAGCGACAGUUGUCCUGAGUACAGAAGUGUUGAAGAUCGGACAGAAAGAGAUAAGGUGCAUAUUGUGCCUUGA